AUGGCUAGAUCGUGUAAUAGGGGGGGCUGUUGGGCGUUCGCAGUGGGUUUGAGUUUUAUUUGCGGCGCUUACUUCGUCAUUACCGCUUAUCAAUGGUACGCGAGGAACCCAAUUGUUACGGUUAUAGAGAGUACACAAGGUGCUAUUUGGGACGUACCUUUCCCAGCGGUGACCAUCUGUGAUUUGAAUGUAGUAUCACGCAAGGCUGCAUUCGCGUUAGCUCAUAAUUUAUCUUUGCCGAAGAAUGUUACAGAAGAAUUUAUCUUCAAGACUUUACGUUUCAUACCUUUAUUACAUUCAAACAAUGUUGUUCCAAAUAAAAUAAAACACGAUUUAAGUAUUCUACAAGAUGUCAUGGAUAAUAACAGUAUUAGUAUUGAAUCUUUAUUUUAUAAAAUUCAGCUUUCGCCAACAUCUUCGUGUACUGAUUUGAUAGAACGUUGUAUGUGGAAGACCAAGAUAUACCGUUGCGAACAAUUAUUCCAGCCAAUAAAAACCGGCUUCAAUAUAUGUUGCACAUUUAAUUAUUUUGCUUUUAAAACAGCAGAGGGAAAGCGUAAUGCCGAUUUAAUUUACAUGCCUAAACCACGGCGAGUCGCAUCAUGUGGAUAUGAGACAGCGUUGACAGUUCUGAUUAGAACAGAUACUGAUGAUUAUUACAGUACAAACAUCGCAACGACUGGCACCCUGGUUUUUAUCGACAACGCGUACAAUGUGCCCGAUUUCGAUUCAACGAUACGUCUAAUAAAUCCGAUGACAGAAGUAAUAUUAGCACUUUCACCUGAGCGUACUUACUCCACACCAGGUAUAAAGUCAUUCGGCAUUGAGGAACGUCAGUGCUAUUUUAAUGAUGAGGUAAAAAUUGGUGAUUUCGAACGAUAUUCGUUUCAUAACUGCAGAGUAUACGAAUAUGUAAAAAUAUUCAAGAGUACUUGUCAUUGCACACCUUACUAUUUUCCUCUACCAGCCAAAGUACCUCUAAAAGACGAGAGCCUUCGCCAUAAAAUUUUAAAAAACUACACCAAAUGUUUGCCGGAAUGCGAGCACUUUGACUACCCACUCGAAGUAGCAUUUGGUCUGUUGGCAAGGAACUUGCCAUUAAAUAAACUACCUUUACUACAUCAAGCCGAUUUGGAAAACCGCUCAUUAUUGAAUGUGUUUUUCAAUGAUUUAGUAUCUACCAGAUAUCGACGUGACGUUUAUUUAAAUUGGCAAAAUAUACUUGCUUCCUUCGGCGGUUUGUUAAGUCUGAUGCUUGGUUUCACUUUAAUAUCCGGCUUCGACUUUAUAAUAUUUUUUACAUUUCGUAUGUUCUUCAAUAAAUCGAAUCGAGUGGUCCCGGUUAAGGAUAGUUACCGAAAUAAUCAGGCUAAGAGUAACUUUUUACACGUUGCGGAGACUAAAAAGAAAAUUAUGGCAACAGACAACAUUUAA